AAACGACCCAUUCGUAGUUACAGUCCUGCGAGCAAUUCCUCAAUAUUGGACAAGAACAGACCGAUCAAGACGCCACUUUGCUACCUCAAAGAUUUAUUAUAUUAACGUUCAAGCAUUGUAAUCAUCGAAUCAUUGUCUGUAGCAUUUCCAACUACAUUGGGAUCUCCGGGAAGAUCAAGACCGCUGGGCCCACGCGCAAACUUGGGGUUUUCUUGGUUCUCUUUCUUCUUCUUCUAUGGAGUUCAAAAGGUUUGUGUCAGGAAUCAAGAAGACGAGGAAGAACGCACCUGAUUGAUGGCUCAAAGAUCACAUGUUCCAAAGUUUGGAAACUGGGAUGGUGAUAAUGUACCUUACACGGCCUACUUUGAGAAUGCACGCAAAGACAAAGCUGGUGGAGUGAAGAUGAAUCCAAAUGAUCCUGAGGAGAAUCCAGAGGCCUUCAAUUUUGGAAGAGUGGGAGAUGGAAGCGAUAGUGUUUUUCAUGCUGUUCAAUCUCCUGCCCAUGUCAAUCCUGAUAAAUCAGCAGAGAAAUACCUAAGGGAGGGGCACAAGCAGAAAUAUGGUCACCAAAGAAACACUUCUGAUCAUCAAAUGAGUGUGACUCAGAAGAGCAUGACUUCCGAAUCUGCAAGUGAUAAAAGCAAUUCUGAUUAUUCUCUCCUGCAGGCAAACCACCGCCAUGCGAGAGCUGACCGAAAGAAGAGUAUGACUGAGGAUAACAGUAGAUUCUGUCUGCCAUCACCAGGACCUAAUAGACCGAGAGGUCAAAGUAAUCCAUAUGAUGAUAUUUCCUGUAGAUCAGCAUCGGUACCCAAAUUUGGGGCUUGGGAUGAACAAGACCCUCAAUCAGCAGAAGGAUUUACAGUCAUAUUCAACAAAGUAAAAGAGGAAAAACAUAUUGCAGCUGCCAAGUUGCCCAUUCCUCCUCAACCUAGCAAUUAUUCAAACAAUGAGAAAAAACAAACAGGCUCAAAGACAUGUUGCUGUCUGUUUUGAAGUGCAAGAGAAUGAUCUGUGUGGCUUUGGUUUGCUUAUGUUGGGUCUAAGAUUGGAGAAGCAUAAUCAUCUUUGGGUUUUUACUCAAUGUAUUGACAAACUAUUUUCGAACUGCAAUUUCUAUUCUUUAUGAAUUAUAUUCAUUUGCUUUUUCACCAAAAUAAAUAGAUCUUCUGCACCAUUAGUAGUAGUAGAUUUGUUUUGGGUAAGUAAAUGUAUUCAUUCAUGUCUGUGGCAUAACAACCUUGCCAUCUGACAAGAGAAUGCACAAAAAUAGCGA